AUGUUCGCAACGAAAAGCACUGAAUUCAAAAUCCUCGGCGGCGGUCUUCGCCGUCCAGGCAAAGUUCUUCAACAAAGUUGGGAUAAAAAUUGGUAUCCCGUUUGCGACAACUUCGAAGAUGAAGAAAGCCGUAAUCUAUUCGGCGAUAUGGUUUGCCAACAAAUUGGUUUCGCAAAAGAACUCUCGAAGCCUGCCAGAGAGUUUGAAAAAGAUAGUUGUCCGCAAUGCUGGAGGGACUUCGACAUCGUUGGUAUUUCAUGUUCGAACGACGGGAAUGUAAAAUGCGAUUAUAAAUAUAGUCAUUUCUCCGGCUCCGGCACGUGCAUAAAGGGCAAGUCGGAUUUGUACAUUCAAUGCAAGAAGCCGCUAUCGCUAAAUGGUGAGUGGACGCCCUGGUCAGAAUGGACUUACUGCGACGAAACGGGCAGCGACUACUUCAAGCAACGAAGCAGAACUUGCUACGACGAUGGAAAACGCGCAAUAUGUCCAGAAGGAGAAAGCGACUUCGAAUUAAAACCAGACUGUCUCUGCGAAAAAGCAAACGAAAUCGCAGACUACAACAAAGAUUAUUACUCGGAUAGUAGUUCCUCUUCUUACGACUAUAGUUACGGGUCUCCUUCCGGCUCAAGCGAUAUAAAGGCUUCUUCUCCUGACGACAUGUCAUUGUACUCGUCCAGCUAUGACUACUACCGCCAUCAAUCUUCCGAAUCUCCGCCCUUCGUCGUCCGCAAGCCAGAUGCAGAUAUUUUCACUCAGAAAACGCCAAUCCUCGAGUCGGAUAGCGAUCCUCCUGUUGUCACAGUUGAGCUCUCUGACUCAGUCACAUUCCCUGCUUUCUCAGAUUCGAAGCCUGAGACAGCCGCUUUUGGCAGCCAGACUAUGAUAUUAAUCGGUGUUGCCGUGCUUGGCUGCUUGAUUCUUCUCGUGAUUGCUUUAGUCAAACGAAGAAAGACAUCUAACAACAGUGGAAACACACUCGACGACGAAAGAAAGGUGCCUGAAUCGAUUGGGCUUAUACAGCCCAAAACUGCUGCGCACUAA